AUGGGACUUACAUCUAAAUUGGAAAAACUUAAGUUUAAAGACUCAGGAGAUCAUGAGCACUCAAAUAAAGAUUUAGCAAGUGCGGAUGAUACAGAUGAUAUUGAUGAAAUGGAUAAUGAAGGUCAAUCAAUAUUAAUGGGGAUAAUUGCUCAAUUACGACCAGGAAUGGAUUUAUCGAAGAUCACUCUUCCCACAUUUAUUUUAGAAAAGAAAUCAAUGCUUGAAAGAAUAACUAAUUUCUUUCAAAUUCCAGAACUUUUACUAGCAGCUAAUCAAACGGAAAAUGAUUUAGAUAGAUUUAUACAAAUUCUUGCAUUUUAUUUAGCUAGUUGGCACAUUGCUCCAAAAGCUGUGAAAAAGCCUUUGAAUCCAGUAUUAGGAGAAUCAUUCAAUUGUUAUUGGGAUAAUUUACCAAAUAAUCACUCAGCAUAUUAUGUUUCAGAGCAAACUUCUCACCAUCCUCCUAAAUCUUCAUAUUUUUAUAUGAUUCCAGAAGCAAAGAUCAGAAUUGAUGGAAUUUUAAUUCCAAAGUCAAGAUUUUUAGGAAAUUCUUCUGCUGCUAUUAUGGAAGGUUGGACUCAUCUUACAUUGGGUCAACAUGAUGAGGUUUAUGAAAUGAAUCAACCUAAUGUUUAUUGUAGAGGAAUAUUAUUUGGUAAAUUAAAAACUGAAUUAGGAGACCAUAUGAUAGUGAAAUGUCAAAAAACUGGUUACGAAGCAGAUAUUGAAUUUAAAACAAAAGGUUUUAUUAGUGGUACUUAUGAUGCAAUCGAAGGUGUUGUUAGAAAAAUUGGUGCAUCGGAAGAAUUAUUUCAUAUCUCAGGGAAAUGGAAUGAUGUUAUGGAUAUCAAAAAUGUUAAAACUGGUAAAAAAGUUGUUUUAGUUGACACAAAGCAAAUUAUACCGGUAAAACCAAAGGUUAGACCAUUAGCUGAACAAGGAGGGUAUGAAUCAAGAAAAUUAUGGAAACCUACUAUAGAUGCUUUAGCAGAAAGAGAUCAUGAACUUGCAACUCAAGAAAAAUUUAAUGUUGAAAAUGAACAAAGAAUUUUAGCUAAAAAAAGAGCUGAUGAUGGAGUUGAAUUUUCUCCAAAAUACUUUAGAGCGGUGAAGGAAAGUGAAACAAAACUUUCAGACUUGGAAUACAUCAUUUACAAGAAUUUUAAUUUGAAUGAUGAUGCUAAUAAAUUAAAACAAGAUUUAUUAACUAUUGCACCAAUUUUGCCAGGUCAAAAUUUUAAUGAAAAGUUUGAGAUUCCAGCAUGGAAAAAGCAUGAAUCCAAUUAA